AUGUCGAAAAUGGGCUACGAGAUCUUUUGCAUUCGCCUAGGGCGAUUGCAUGUGAUUGUUGUUUCCUCUCCAGAGAUUGCAUGCGAGUUCCUGAAGAAACAGGAUGCAAUUUUUGCGUCACGUCCGACAUUCCUAUCGGCAGAGCUACUGAGCAAUGGAUUUUCCAUGAUGAUCUUUCCGACUAAUGGUGACCAAUGGAAAAAGAUGAGGCGUUUAUUGGUUUAUCACAUCCUCUCUCCAGAUACUCUCAAAAGAGCUGAGGGGACUGACCACCUCAUUCACUAUGUCUACAAUGUUAUCAAAAGCAAUGACGGUGCGGUGAACAUCAGGAUUGCAGCACAACACUUUUGCGCAAAUAUGAUGCGAAAUAUGAUUUUUAGUAAGAGGUUUUUCGGGAAAGGGACUGAAAAUGGGGGGCCAGGAAUUGAGGAGGAGGAGCAUAUGGCUGGGAUUUUUAAUAUACUUAAGUCUUUGUACAAUUUCUGCAUUUCUGACUAUUUUCCGUUCCUUCAACAUCGAAUAGAUCUCGAUGGUAAUGAGAAAUUCAUGAGGCAAGCUGUUGAGAGUGAAAUGAUGGUAGAAGCAAUUGACAACCCAUCAAAUGCUAUUGAAUGGGCAAUUGGUGAGAUGAUAAACCAACCUGAGACAUUGGUAAAAGCUGUUCAAGAACUAGACCGGGUUGUCGGAAAGAACCGGCUUGUCCAAGAAUCGGAUUUGAAUAAUCUCAAUUAUAUUAAAGCUUGCGUUAAAGAAUCUUUUCGGCUCCAUCCUAUAGCAGCCUUCAAUGUCCCACAUGUGUCCAUGUGUGACACCAUUGUGGCUGGUUACUUCAUACCUAAGGGUAGCCAUGUUCUCUUGAGCAGUCUAGGUCUAGGGCGUAACUUUAAGAUAUGGGAUGAACCGUUGCGAUUCAAUCCUGAGCGUCACCUUAAACAUGAUGGCUCAAAUGUGAUAUUGUCUUAUCCAGACCUCCACCUAUUGUCAUUUAGUAUAGGUCGGCGUGGUUGUCCAGCUGUUAACCUAGGAUCCACCAUGUCAGUUAUGUUAUUGGUGUACGUGUUAUCAUUUUAUGAUUAA